AUGCGUCAACAAAAAGAUCAAGCCUAUGGGGAUAUCCUUGCUCGUUUACGAGUUGGUGCAAUUACAGCUGAAGACAUUAAUUUAUUAGAAACUCGAAAAUUCGAUAUUGCAUCAACGAAUACUGCCAAACGAGUUCGUCUCUUAUCCUCGUACAUCAAGAAAUUACCUCCAGAUGCUGUAUGUUUACUAGCUACGCGUAAACAAUGUGAAUGCUUGAAUACUGUCAUGUUGGAGCAACUAGCGACUUAUGAACUUGUUCUCAUUGCCGAAGAUUCAGUAGAUUGUCGUAACCCUCGCCUGAAGGCGACAGCUAUGAAAAUCCUUGAGAAGGCGGAAAAAGAUGACCGUUCAUCUGCUGGUCUUGCAAAGAUCAUAACAAUUAAAAUAGGUGCCAAGGUUAUGGUCAGGCGCAACAUUGAUGUUACCAUUGGUCUGGUCAAUGGAACGAUUGGAAUUGUAACUUCUGUUGUUAAAUGCAUUGAUAAAGCUAUAGAACAUAUAAAGUUGAUCACUAUACGUCUGGCCUCUGGACAAGAAUGUGACAUUGAGCGGAUGGACGUGAAAUUCGAAAUUAUGAAUGAAACUUAUAUUAAAAGAUGA